CUAACACCCCCAAUCAGAUAAAACAAUCAGCCCCGACCUCUAGUCUUUCUCUCUCUAUCUGUAAACCCCUUUCGAACCCUAACCCCGACCGCUUCUUUCUCUUUUCUUCCAGGAUUCAAGAUUCAAAAAUCUAAGCCACCUUGCGGUUUUUAGGUUCUUUUGCUUUUUGUUCCGCUCCUAUAUUUGCUCAUCGUAACCCAUCGCUACAUAUAUGGCUGAAGUUGAUCAAAGCUAUAAUGAGCAAGAGAUAGAUCAUGUACCUGAAAACUCAGAGGUACCCAUACUAGAGGAAUUGCAACCUGAACAAAAAGAAGAAGAACAUGAUGAAGAAACUGUGGUUGGAGGAGGAGUCGAAAAGAAGUGGCCUGGAUGGCCUGGCGAAAGUGUAUUCCGGAUGUUGGUUCCUGCACAAAAGGUUGGUAGUAUAAUUGGGCGUAAAGGGGAGUUCAUCAAAAAAAUAGUUGAAGAGACAAGAGCUCGCAUUAAAAUUCUUGAUGGUCCUCCUGGGACAGCUGAGAGAGCUGUUAUGGUAUCUGCCAAGGAAGAGCCCGAUUCUUCCCUUCCUCCUGCUAUGGAUGGCCUUUUGAGGGUUCACAAACGCAUUGUUGAUGGCUUGGAUGGUGAUUCUUCUCAUGCUCCAACCGCGGCGGGUGGGAAAGUGUCUACGAGGCUGCUUGUAGCUGCCUCACAGGCAGGAAGCUUAAUUGGAAAACAGGGAGGAACUGUUAAAUCCAUUCAAGAAUCAUCUAAUUGCAUAGUUAGAGUUCUUGGAGCAGAAGACCUACCAGUUUUUGCUCUUCAAGAUGAUAGAGUUGUUGAAGUUGUUGGUGAUGCAGCUGGUGUGCACAAAGCUAUUGAGCUAAUUGCUUCCCAUCUUAGGAAAUUUUUAGUUGACCGCAGUAUAAUUCCAAUAAUUGAGAUGCAUAUGCAAAUGGCGAGUCCUCAGGUGGAGCACAUGCCACCUCACCAAUCAUGGGCGCCACCUCAAGGACUUGCUCCUAAUGCUGGAGGAGGUCCUGGAUUUGGACACAAUCCUCAGUACAUGCCACCUCCCCGGCAACUAGACAAUUACUAUCCCCCUGCUGACUUGCCGCCACCUAUGGAUAAACAACCUCACCAUGGUAUAUCAGCCUAUGGAAGAGAAGCUCCUAUGGGUGUCCAUGGUCCGUCAAAUGCCCAAUCGGCACCUUCAAUGGUUACACAGAUUACCCAGCAAAUGCAAAUUCCGCUUUCUUAUGCUGAUGCUGUUAUAGGGACCGCUGGUGCAAGCAUAAGCUACAUUCGACGAGCUAGUGGGGCAACUGUUACAAUACAAGAGACCAGGGGUGUUCCUGGGGAAAUGACAGUUGAAAUCAGUGGCACCGCUUCCCAAGUCCAAGCUGCUCAACAACUGAUACAGAAUUUCAUGGCUGAUGCUGCUGGAUCAGCACAGGCCCAAAGUGGGGGUCAAACAGAUCAAAGUUACAAUUCUUAUGCGGCUCAUGGUUCGGUGUAUGCAUCCCCACCAUCCAAUCCGGGACAUGUGGGCCAUGCUGGAGGCUAUGGUUCUGUAUAUGGUGCAAACUAUGGGUAUUAAGUAGGGAAUUUCAAUUUGGGUUGUCAUUGUUGAGACUAUAGAAUGUUGUCAUUGUGAACUCAGUGCAAUUAUCAAAUAGUUUUAUUAGGACAAUUGUAAUAUUCUACUUUGCUUUUUAUUGUCAAUCAAUUAGAACUAGUUGCAGGAAUGGUUUUUUGUGUGCAUUAGGCUAGCCAUAGAGUUAAGCCAAUACUAUAUAACUAACUAUGAUUUUCUUUCAA